AUGCAGCAGCAGGAAAGGAACCAGAGGAAGAAUCUGAAGAAGACACAGCAAGGUCUCCAGAGCCAUGGAUGCUCCCAGCGCCGGGCAGCCUCUCCACGCCGACAGCCGAUCCCAGAAGCGGAGCCGUCGGAGGAGCGCAACAGCCCGUCGAUCUCCGAGACCGGAGACCCAGCGGCGCAGGGACAAAGGAGCCGGGAGUGCGGGCAGCACAGGAACCUCCCGCGGCUGGGCGAUGCCAGCCGGACCCGGGGCUCCCCGAGCAGAGGCCCGUCCUGCAGGCAGCGCCAGCUGAAGCGGGGCCGUCCCCAGCGGACAGCCGCCCCGUCGUCCGGGGCCCCGCGAGGAAGCGGCGCCUCGCCCCCGGGCCGGCCGCCCUCCGCGCCGAGGCUCCCCUCCCGCCUCUCGGCCGGCAGCCCUCGGGCGGGCGGGCGGCGGGAACCCGCGCUCUGGCCCGCCGCCGCCCCCCGCAAGAAACUUCUGCAGAAGUGGCGCGCCUGCCCCGCCGCCGCCGCCGCGCCGGCCUCGGCCCGGGACCCGCCCGCCCCCUCGGCCCGGCCCGCCGGAGCAGGGGGCGGCGGGAGCGGCCGGAGCAAGCCCGCCGUGGCCAAGCGGCUCCCGCACGCGCUGAUCGUGGGCGUGAAGAAGGGCGGCACCCGCGCCGUGCUGGAGUUCAUCCGCGGCCACCCGGCCGUGCGCGCCCUCGGCACCGAGCCCCACUUCUUCGACCGGCACUACGAGCGGGGCCUGGAGUGGUACAGGCACCUGAUGCCCCGCACCUUGGAGAGCCAGAUCACCAUGGAGAAGACGCCCAGCUACUUCAUCACCAGAGAAGCCCCCCAGCGCAUCUUCAACAUGUCGCGGAACACGAAGCUGAUUGUGGUGGUGAGGAACCCCGUCACCAGGGCCAUCUCGGACUACACCCAGACCCUCUCCAAGAGGCCGGGCAUCCCCACCUUCGAGGGGCUCUCUUUCCGCAACCGCAGCCUCGGCCUGGUGGACACUUCCUGGAGCGCCAUCCGCAUCGGCCUCUACGCGCUGCACCUGGAGAGCUGGCUCCAGUACUUCCCGCUCUCCCAGAUCCACUUUGUCAGUGGGGAGCGGCUCAUCACGGACCCUGCAGAGGAGAUGGCCAAAGUACAGGACUUCCUGGGCCUCAAGCGGCUCAUCACCGAGAAACACUUCUUCUUCAACAAGACCAAGGGCUUCCCCUGCUUGAAGAAGGCCGGGGGAGGCCCGCUGCCCCGCUGCCUGGGGAAAUCGAAAGGCAGGCCUCAUGUCCAGAUUGACCCGGAUGUGCUGGAGCAGCUGCAGGACUUCUACCGCCCCUACAACAUCCGCUUCUAUGAGGCCGUGGGGCGGGACUUCCGCUGGGAAUGAGAGAGGCUGGGGGGGGGGGGGCUGGAGGAGCAGCUUCAGUUCUCCAGCAGUCUGCCUCUGUUCUGGCCGUGAGUGACCAGCCCAGCGGGCCAAAGUCCAGCCCUCGAGCCAGGGCCACUGCAGCACACGGCCAUCCUGCCGGGGUUGGUGAGGACUUCAGGAACUUUUCAAUGGUGCAAUCAGGGUAGGCCCAAGGAUGGAUUUUAUUUUUCAUAAUGAUAUAAAAAUAGAGUUUAUAAAGAGCACUAUGUAAACACUAAGGGCACCUGCUUCCUAGCCCUGCAGUCAUGAAACCUCGGAGAUGCCCUCUUGUAUGAGGUCCCCAUCCCUCAACUCCCCUGGCUGUUUUGCCCCCCCUGAAUAAAGCACAGAUUUCUGCUAUUACGGGUACUUGAGGCUCAGCCCGUGGCUUCUCCCAGAGUCUCUC